AUGGCGACAGGGACGCUACCUAUCACGAAUUGGAGGCUGAGUCUAACGAUAUUCAUUGUGCUAAAACUUAACACGCUUCACUGUCAGCACUUUAUAGUUUCGUUUCAGGCUCCUUCAGACUGCGGCGAGGAGCACUUCUUUGACAUCUCACGUCUAUCCUGUGUGAAAUGCGGGCCAAACCAACGGAGGACCACAACAGGGCUAAACUGUGAAUGCGAAACUGGGUACCGGAUUCUCACCUCGAACGGGGCGUCCAUUACUUGUCAGCAGUGCCCCGCCGACAAGCCCGCAGUAACAGAAGAUGGGUUUGGAUGCAUUCGUUGCCCGGGGAGUCUGAGUGAUGCAGGGACAUGCCAGUGCUCAAAAGGCAGUGUGCUUGUGGAGAGGGAUGUGCAGGGGAACCUUCUAGGUGAGGCCAGGUGUGAGAUGUGUAAUGGGGAUGAUCCCGCUCUCUCCGUGCCGAACAGCAGCGGGGACAGGUGUGAGAGAUGUCAGGUGUCCUUCAUUAACACCACCCUCUCCUGUGCCUGUGGCUCCUCUAACAUCCCAGCAGGGGGGUUAUGUUUUCCCCUUAACAACCUCCCUUCUACUGUAAACCCCAAUGUCAACUUUGCUGAUCUGGCGCUCCCUGUCCAGUCUGCAUGGUUUGUCAAAAACAUGUACUCCUCAGCAGCAGCCUGCCUUGUUUUCUCCAACCUGACAGCAUGCCAGGCUCUGGGGAACAUGUGUGUGAUGAACAUGCACUCCUUCAGCAGUGUGGCCAGUGAUGCCUGUGGUCUCUUUAACACCAUCUUCAGGUCCACAGCUGCUUUGGGCUCUACACAAGAUAUUUCCUACUGGAGGGCUAAUUUACCAUGGCUUUACUAUGGGGACCAGCCAGGACUGGCCAGUCGAGUGCUUCAGACUGAUCCACUACCAGUUGGCUUCAGUUUCAAAGGAAGUAAAAAGAACACUGAUAUUAAGCUGCUCGCCGCUGUCUAUAAUGUCGGAGGAGAGUUCCUUAGAUGGGAAAAAAUAGGAGGUAAUCUGCAGCUUUGUCCUGAUACAGCCACCAGACAGAUGGCGGCAUACACCUUUGGAACUGAUUACCAAGAAAGUUGCGAUCUCUCUGUAGCAGACUUGUUACGUAUGUAUCGCGAGCCGUUAUUCUACGACUUGUUUGUGGAUCUCAGCAGAGGGGAAGAUGGGAAACUCAUUCCUCUCCCCACAUUAGUCCUCAACCAGCAGUACAAUGGACGCUUCAUCAACCAAGAGAACACGAAAAACUGGUACCUGUCUCGUCGAAUGUUUCUGGUUGACACAUUGAGUGGCAGAGAGAAGAGUCUGAGCACCCAGCCUAAAGUCAUCCGUGUUGCAAGCAUGGUCAAAAUACGGUUCCAGCUGGUUACAGGAACCCAGAAAGGACAAGUGUUCCCUCCUCUGAUGUCCGUGUCCUACAGAGAUGUUCUCAUCACGGACCCCAGUGUCCAAACUGUUUCUGUGUCAUUUGCUGUGGAGUACGAAAUGGAACAGAGUGAGGCUCGCAUGAAGACGGAUACCGCCCUAGGUGUGCUGGGUGGUUUAGCAGUACUGUACUCCCUGCUGAAGACGGUCAGCUGGAAGAGGAGAAUCGCUUCCCCGCUUAUUGACAUGGAGACCAUGCUGAAGUUCCUGUUGUUUUAUGCUGGAGAUCUGGCCAACGUUUUCUUCAUCAUCACUGUGGGAACGGGGCUCUACUGGCUGAUCUUUUACAAGGCCCAACACUAUGUAUCUGUGCUGUUACCGUUGCCUGCUCAGGAGGAGCGAUUUGUGACAUACAUUGGCUGUGCCUUUGCCCUCAAGACGAUACAGUUUCUCCACAAGUUGAUCCUGCAGCUGUCAGUUGAUGUGUUCUUUAUUGACUGGGAGAGGCCAAGAAGCAAAGCCACCAGGACUGUCCAAGCCCCUGGGGAAGUGAAACGUGACCCUUCCCCGGUCAGCAUCUGGAGGACCUACUUUGUGGCCAAUGAGUGGAAUGAGAUCCAGGCCAUCCGCAAAAUCAGUCCCACCUUCCAGGUCAUGGCUGUUCUCUUCUUCCUCGAGGUGCUGAGUUUUUCCAAUCUGGCCCUGAGGGACCCCCUUUCAACAUUAAAGCGCCCCCCACAGGCCUACAUCCCUCCCUAUAGCCUGACACUGCGCUACGGUCUGGCAGCCACACUCUGGCUCUGCAUAGGUCUUCUACAGGUGAUGUUUUUUUCUCUUUUCCAUGAGCGCUUUGUGGAGGACAAAAUCCGUCAGUUUGUGGACCUCUGCUCUAUCAGUAAUAUCUCCGUGCUGCUGCUGUCACACCGUUGCUUUGGAUACUACAUCCACGGGCGCUCCGUACAUGGCCAUGCUGAUACCAACAUGGAGGAAAUGAACGCAAACCUAAAGAGAGAAGCAGAGUCCCUGUGCGGUCAGAGAGGGCUGCUUCCAAACACGGACACCCAGACCUUCCAGAUCUCCAUUACCAACCGCCUCCGGCUGCAGUAUGACAGGAUUCGGGAGCCGCUCAGCAGGAGAAACGGGCCAUCACGUUUGGUGGACGCAUCCUCGGCCAACCCAUUUGAGCAAAGCACCAGAGCCUACAAUACCAUGAACCGCUUCCUGGGAUCUGUCAUAGACCAUGCUCACCGGGACAUGGACUACAUCGUGAAGGAUAAGCUGCUGUUUGAGAGGGUUAUAGGAAUGGAGUUCCUUGAGCCCAACGAUAAAAGCAUCUUCUACAAUGAUGAGUCCCACUCCUUCAGUGAUGUGUUAUUUUAUGGCAACGAGGCCACGCUGCUAGUCUUUGACACUCUGUUCUUCUGUGUCGUUGACCUUGGAUCUCAGAGCUUUGUACUUGCAGCAGUGCUCACAUAUGUACAGCAAAUGAUAUUUCGCCUGAUCCGCAACGCUAUCGGACGGAGAAACCUUGCCAACAAGACAUUGGUGGAUGAGAGAUUUCUCAUAUAGCAUUUCCAGCUGAUUCAUUGAUAAUGCCAACAUUGCUACGUGGUAGAGCAUGUCUAUUUUUUUACAGCUUGUGCAGCUAUUAGAUUUUAUAAUUCUUUGUACCACAUUUUCCAUACAGUCUUUUUCACCAUUGAAACGUUCAUGUAAAUAUUUUCAGUGAUGUUUUGCUUUGAUAUUUCAGUGUUUGUCCAGUGUGAGGUCUUUCUUAAUUAAAGCUGAUGUG